CCGCGCAGGGAGGGCGUGGGGAGGCAGGCCGGGCGCGCACGCCGCAAGGCCGAAUCGCCGCCCCCGCCGCUGCCGGGACGGGAAGUGAGCCGCCGGGGUCCCUGGAACGAGCCAGCCGGACAGCGGGUCCCGCAGCCGCCUGCACCCGCCGAAGCAUGGCGGCCGCCAAGGUGGCUUUAACCAAGAGAGCAGAUCCAGCUGAGCUUAGAACAAUAUUUUUGAAGUAUGCAAGCAUUGAAAAAAAUGGUGAAUUUUUUAUGUCUCCCAAUGACUUUGUCAUUCGAUAUUUGAAUAUUUUUGGAGAAAGCCAGCCUAACCCAAAGACUGUGGAACUUUUAAGUGGAGUGGUAGAUCAGACCAAAGAUGGAUUAAUAUCCUUCCAAGAAUUUGUAGCAUUUGAAUCUGUCCUGUGUGCCCCGGAUGCCUUGUUUAUGGUGGCCUUUCAGCUGUUUGACAAAGCUGGCAAAGGAGAGGUUACUUUUGAGGAUGUUAAGCAAGUUUUUGGACAGACUACAAUUCAUCAACAUAUUCCAUUUAAUUGGGAUUCAGAAUUUGUGCAACUUCAUUUUGGAAAAGAAAGAAAAAGACACCUGACAUAUGCAGAGUUCACACAGUUUUUGCUGGAAAUACAAUUGGAGCAUGCUAAGCAAGCCUUUGUACAACGGGACAGUGCCAAGACUGGAAGAGUUACAGCCAUUGACUUCCGGGACAUUAUGAUCACUAUCCGGCCUCAUGUCCUGACUCCUUUUGUUGAAGAAUGUCUAGUAGCUGCUGCUGGAGGCACUACAUCCCAUCAAGUUAGUUUCUCCUAUUUUAAUGGAUUUAAUUCGCUCCUUAACAACAUGGAACUCAUUAGAAAGAUCUACAGCACUCUGGCUGGCAACAGAAAAGAUGUGGAGGUGACUAAGGAGGAGUUUGCUCUGGCAGCCCAGAAAUUUGGUCAGGUUACACCCAUGGAAGUUGACAUCUUGUUUCAGUUAGCAGAUUUAUAUGAGCCAAGGGGACGUAUGACCUUAGCAGAUAUUGAGCGGAUUGCUCCUCUUGAAGAAGGAACUCUGCCCUUCAACUUGGCUGAGGCCCAGAGGCAGAAGGCCUCAGGUGAUACAGCUCGGCCAGUUCUCCUACAGGUCGCAGAGUCAGCCUACAGGUUUGGUCUGGGUUCUAUCGCUGGAGCUGUUGGAGCCACUGCUGUGUAUCCGAUUGAUCUUGUAAAGACUCGAAUGCAGAACCAACGAUCAACUGGCUCUUUUGUGGGAGAGCUCAUGUAUAAAAACAGCUUUGACUGUUUCAAGAAAGUGCUGCGCUAUGAAGGCUUCUUUGGACUCUAUAGAGGUUUGCUGCCACAGUUAUUGGGAGUUGCCCCAGAGAAGGCCAUAAAACUUACAGUGAAUGAUUUUGUGAGGGAUAAAUUUAUGCACAAAGAUGGGUCGGUCCCACUUGCCGCAGAAAUUCUUGCUGGGGGCUGUGCAGGAGGCUCCCAGGUGAUUUUCACAAACCCUUUAGAGAUCGUUAAGAUCCGCUUGCAAGUGGCGGGGGAGAUCACCACCGGCCCCAGGGUCAGUGCUCUGUCUGUCGUUCGAGACCUGGGAUUCUUUGGCAUCUACAAGGGUGCCAAAGCAUGCUUUCUGCGGGACAUUCCUUUCUCGGCCAUCUACUUCCCAUGCUAUGCCCAUGUGAAGGCUUCCUUUGCAAGUGAAGAUGGGCAGAUCAGCCCCGGAAGCCUGCUCUUGGCUGGUGCCAUAGCUGGUAUGCCUGCGGCAUCUUUAGUGACCCCUGCUGAUGUUAUCAAGACUAGAUUACAGGUGGCUGCCCGGGCUGGCCAAACCACUUACAGCGGGGUGAUGGACUGCUUCAGAAAGAUACUGCGGGAAGAAGGCCCAAAAGCUUUGUGGAAAGGAGCUGGUGCUCGUGUAUUCCGAUCCUCACCCCAGUUUGGUGUCACUUUGCUGACUUACGAAUUGCUACAGCGAUGGUUCUACGUUGAUUUUGGAGGAGUAAAACCCAUGGGAUCCGAGCCAGUUCCUAAAUCCCGGAUUACACUGCCUGCUCCCAGUCCUGACCAUGUUGGAGGCUAUAAACUGGCAGUAGCAACAUUUGCAGGGAUUGAAAACAAAUUUGGACUUUACCUACCUCUCUUCAAGCCAUCAGCAUCUACCUCAAAAGUCAUCAGUGGGGGCCUGUAGGAGUACUGACUGGGAUGUGGCUGUUGAAUGGUUGGAAAUGCAGUAAGAAUGUCCCUUCUCAGAUUGAAGCAAGGCUUCAUCCCUUCCACAGCUGUCUCAUUUAAAUUCAGGUCAAGGCUUUUUUACAUAAAGCCAAAUCAUUCAUUUUCUGGAUGAAACCAGAUCAUGUGGAAUCAUUCCUAAUUAUUCUUUGGAAGUCUGCCCACAAACCUAUGUUUGUGUCUUUCAUUUGCUGGGAUUUGGUCAACACUAACAUGAUUUGGAGCAAGUCUGGAGGGAAAUUGGGGGUCCCCUACCUGGGCUAGGAUGAUAUCUCAAAGAGGCUACGGAAAGGUUGCCAUGGUUCUUAAAGAAAAGUGAUCUGAGAAUGUUGAAAGCUGGUAGGAAGCCGAGUGUAUAUUUAUAAAAGGAAAACACUGGAAGAAAUGAAAAAUUAAAAACAACAAAUAGCCAGCCUGGAUUCAAAUUUUAAACAUGCACAAACUUUGUCUCUGGAUUAUAUUAUGAAGCUCUUAUGUGAAACAUGUUUUUUCAUAAUGAAAACCACAUUGGAGAUGUUUAGUAAUCAUAUUCUGUUGCUAGUACCAAGACUACUAGGGAGAAGUUUUUGCACUUUAAGGAAGUGCUUUUGGCAUUUUUAUUAUAUAGACAGAGGAACUGAGACACAAUCCCAUUGCUGGAUGUGUUAAUUUGGGAUAACUACUUAUGUGAGCACACGUGCUGAUAACUGCCAAUUUCAAUAAACACUGUAAAAAUAAUGUGUACACCCUGGUGCUGCUACCAGCCUAAUCCCAUCCCCAUAGUUGGGAACCCAUUUGCUUUUAAAAUCCACUUAAUUUUAAAUCAUCUAAGACAAACUUCCUCUUAAGUUUGUAUUUAAUUUGGGGCGCCUUGUAUCAUGGUCAGAGGCGUAUGUAUUUUCAAAGGUAAAAAUAAACCAUUUUUAAAGCUGUCAA